AUGGCUCCAAAACUCUACGCCUCCAAGGUGUCUGGGAACUGCUACAAGGUCCGCCUCCUGGCCAGCUUACUCGAUAUUCCCCUUGAACAAGUUGAAAUAGACUUCUUCAACCUACAGCACCGUUCACCGGAGUUCUUGGCCUUGAACCCUCGCGGCGAGCUGCCAACGCUGGUCGACCAGGGGAAAAUCUUCAACGACUCCAGCGCGAUCCUGAUCUAUCUCGCCGGCACGAACCCCGAUAGAGGCUCCAGCGCGGGCCCCUCGAGCUACUGGUCCGCCGACGUUGUGGACCAGGCCUCUAUCGUGGACUGGCUCGCCUUCGCGGGCAGCUGGAUCCAUGCCGGACUCUCCAAGGCCAGGGCGAUCGUGGCGUUCCAUUGGCCGCCCAACGCCAGCGAGGUGGACCUUACAGAGGCAAAGAACAAAGGAGUGAAAUCGCUAGAGAUUCUGGAGGAGAGGCUGGCGAAGGAGCAAUGGUUGGCCUUGUCAAGGCCGACAAUCGCGGAUGUGGCCGUGUUUGUCUAUGUUGCCUUGGCUGAGAUGGGCAAUGUCCCGUUGGCACCAUACCCUGCUGUUAGGGCGUGGAUCGACAGGAUCAAAGGGCUACCUGGAUUUGUUCCACUGGAUGGCUUGGAUAAGGCGAUGGGCUAG